AUGAGGAAAGGGGAAAAGGAUGAGUUGAGAUAUAAUGCAGAAGUAAGGGAAGGAGGACUCACCGGAGAAGGAUGUGAAGAGUGGGUAGCGGAAGGGGUGGUAGGCAACGGCACCGGAGCGGAAGUUGGAAGAAGGAGCUUGGUAGGCAAUAAGGGAGUCACAUCGGCUCUAACAAUACUUGUUGGGUGCGGCUCAAAGUGGUUGUCAAGGUUGGUGCCAUACUGCCAUUGGAGGUCCUCCAACCCAGUUGGACCUGCAAAAGGCAAUUCCUCUCUCUUUGCUGAUAGUUUGGAUAUAGACCCUAAAAUCGGAAUCGUUUAUUUUGGUGUCACCAAUGUUGAUUUCCAGAUCAAAGAUUUGAAUACAAUUCUAAGUAGUGGAGAUAGUACUGGAAGCCUUCUCAAAUAUGAUCCAAGCACCAACCAAACAGCAGUUUUGCUGAGUGAUCUUGCUAUACCAGCUGGGGUGGCAGUGAGCAGAGAUGGUUCAUUUGUCCUUGUUAGUGAGUACACAACAAGUAGAAUUCGAAGAUUCUGGCUCAAAGGCUCAAGAGCUAAUUCAUCAGAAAUUUUCAUAAGAUUUGCAGGAAGACCAGAUAUAACUGAAGUGACCCUGCAUAACAUAAAGAGGAAUUCUAGAGGCCAGUUUUGGGAGGCAGUGAAUGGUUUUCUAGGACCACCUCCACUCCCAAUCCGUCCUGCUUUGCCCGAAGGAGUCAUAAUCAAUGAGAACGAUUUAGUUUUGCAGGUUGUGUCCCUUGCUCAAGAGUAUGGUACUACACCGGUGAGUGAGGUUCAAGAAUUUAAUGGGACACUCUAGGCUGGCCCCUCUUUGCUUCCUAUGCUAGCAUUUUUACCCCCUAGUUUUUGAAUUACGCUACAUAUAUCUCUAUGGUACCAUCCAAUCUUUGGCCCAACCUUCUAGGCCUAAGGGAAACUAAAUAAGCCAAUUGGCUAAAUGUAUAUGCUUAUUGUUUCAUAUGAAAAUUGAGCAAUG